CUGCACACGUGCCCUUGAUUAAGAAGUGAAAAUCGAGUUGCUUUUUUUCUCUCCGCUUUGUUUUGUCCUCAGAGAGCCUGUCCCCACACUGUAUUUGCGUUUUGGUCUGAAAAACGGCCUCCAGCAGCUAAAGAGAUGUUUAGUUGUCUGAAUAUCCUCCCAGUCCCGCUGCAGAUUUGCCUGGGAAUGUGCCUGCACCAGGAUAUUACCGAGGAGAAUAAAAGGGCCGAAAUCCAGAGCUCUAAAAUAGAACAAGACCUGCGCGAACAUGCCAAGAUUGAGAUGAAUGUGGUUAAAAUCCUCUUGCUUGGGGCUGCAGAGAGUGGAAAGAGCACCUUGAUCAAACAGAUGAAGAUAAUCCACAGUAAUGGAUUCUCCAGACAGGAGCUCAUUAGCUUUAAGCCUGCUGUACUUGACAACGUCCUGACCUCUAUGAAGUUUGUUCUGCGGGGCAUGGGCAUGCUGAGGAUAAAUCUUGCCAACAAGAAGAACAAGGCACACGCACGCUCCAUCCUGUCCUGUGGCCACUGUUUAGGGGAGGACCAGGAGCUUCUUCCUUUUGUUGCCCAUGCUUUCUGUGCCCUCUGGGCUGACCAGGGGGUGCGGGCUGCAGCAGCCAGGGGUUACGAGUUUGAGCUGAAUGACUCUGCCCUCUAUUUUUUCGAGAACAUGAAUCGGAUCAUCGCUCCCAACUACAUUCCCACAGAGACAGAUGUUCUGAGAGUCAGAGUGAGGACCUGUGGAGUCAUUGAGACACAGUUUCAAGUGAAUGAAAUGGUCUUUCGGAUGUAUGAUGUAGGGGGCCAGCGGAGCCAGAAGAGAAAGUGGCUGAGCUGCUUUGAUUGUGUUCAGGCCGUGCUGUUUGUGGUGGCUCUCAGUGGCUAUGACAGGAGCCUGAUGGAGGACUUCUCCACGAACCGUCUGCAGGAAAGCCUUGAACUUUUUACAUCCAUCUGCACCAACACGGUUUUUAAGAACUCUGCACUGAUUCUGUUCAUGAACAAAACCGACCUUUUCCGGGAGAAGAUCCUAUACUCUGGGAGACACUUGCGAUUUUACCUUCCCAGUUACAAAGGAGCAGAUGGUGAGGUGGAUACUGCGGCACGUCACAUCGCUGCCAUGUUCGUGGCGUGUAACAGCAGGCCAGACCGGCCUGUGUACCAGCACUUCACCACUGCCACAGACACCUCUGACGUCCGGUUGGUCUUCCAGGUGGUCAUGGAUCAGAUUAUCGGGGAUAAUUUAGCGGCUGUCCCUCUGCUGUGAAGGUGUCCUGAAGACUUCAGCUUGUGUAAAGUGUUUUUACUCAUGGACCACUGUAAUUCAGUAUUACUCAAAGCUAUUUUUCCAUGUGACACCCUCCCUUCUCCAGUUUAAAAUAGCAAACUUUGAGAAUACUUAAAGGUUUGGUUUAGGCACUUUCAGCUGCAGUGCAGUUUCGCCAUUGUAUUUUAAAGCAUUCUUAUUUAUUUAUUUUUUUAAA